GCCUAUCGGCCCCAGAGAGAGGAUGCUAACUCAGGGCCUGACUGUCGACUGGGCCUUAUGCCCCUCUGUUCACCGGUGGAGCCAGUCAAUUCCGAGGCUUCCAGGCAAAGCGAUCCCAUCAUUCGGUCCAACAAAUCCAGCCCAGUUACGCUAGGGAGCUUUGAGGAGGACAGGUACGAGGGGCAACAAGACCAGCAGCCACUGUUGUUACCCGAAACAGCAACUGGUGAAAUGCAGCUUGAUGAAGCGAGAGACUUCGAGCAGACUACAAUCACACUGCGCGAUCAUGCUAGCCGACGACGCCGACCGAUUCCAUUCCAGUUUGCCGGGCUGUUCGAGGAGACCAUGGGCAAGGAUGGCAUUGGGAGAAUGGAGAAGGAAGGGAAGAAGGAGGAAGAGAAGCAGAAGAAGGAGAAUAUGAAUAAAAAGAAGGAAGAGGAGGAAGAGGAGGAGGAGGAGGAGGAAGAAGAAGAGGAGGUGGUGAGGGGGGUUACAAUGAUUGGAGAUAGCGCGGCCGGAGAAGAGACACCUCGAGGAUCCAGUCCCGGAGACAAUAGCAGCUAUGCCAGUACCGUAUUCUGUCAGCCCUGGGAUCUUCCUCCUACGCUCUCGGACUCGUGUAUCCUGCCUCUGCCGCCCGAAGUCUCGCUCACCUCGGCUUCUACCAGCCCGGCAAGUACGGACCUGUUGCGGCAGAGGCGACGGCAUCACAAUCGUCACCAUGGCUACUGCAGUCAUGCGCACAGCGUGCAGAUUAUGCAACAGCACCAGAGCCAAUUAGUCCAGGCGGCGGAGCUGAGAGGCUUUUACGCCAGACAGUCAAGAUUUCUGCCUCGACAGCUCGAUGUGGCCGCCUCGAGUCCUCUUUUGGAGAUGUCGAAGACCCAGGGACCGAUUCAUCGGCACACGUGGACGGAAAGCUUUAGUCAACCUUUGAGAAGAGCGGAUUUGGUGGAUCAUCUGAGCAAAUCGGAUGAUUUGGACUUACAGCCAGAUAUUGCUCGUCUUCUCUGGUUAUGGAUGCAUCAUAACCCCAACUCGGCCCCAAUGCCGACACUCACAAAGGUCCCCACGACAGGUGCAGCUGUGACGGCAACAUACCCUAUGCCUAGCACCACUACUGCUACGGGCCUUCAUUUUGGAGGGAUUAAGCGAACAGAUAAGUCAGAUCAGACGAAAGAAGAUGAGCAAAUUUGCCGGAAUUUGGCAGGGUCAAAGGGCUUAGUUUGCCUUGGGACUGAGUCCUGCUUGGUAGAAGAUGUGACUUUGGAAGUGGCAAAUAAGACUCUGGUAUUCCCUGAGACGUCGAUACACACCUUCAGAGAGGUAGAUACAAAGACAUGGCAAAAUGAGCCUUUGCCACCGCCUCUUAUCCCACGUCGACAUAGCGACCAAACAAGGGCGUCUGAUAAACUGGAGGCAGAAAUAGGAGUUAUAGCGAGUUUUACAAGAAGCAGCAGUCUGCUUCUACGCUACGAAAAUGAUUUGAUUUAUGAAAACUCUCUUGGACACAUCUUAAAUUAA